AGGUCAAGUGAGGUCAAAUUUUGAUGUUGGUUAUUAAGGCCUAAAAAGGUGUCUAUCUGAUGCAGUUUUUCACGGCGAAUCGAAUGGUGCUAUUCUUGUUUCCGUACGAGGUCUAGCACUUCCAAAAAAUUCAUUUUUCAUUUUUUUUUUGUGUGUCGUGACGUCAUAAAAUUUUGAAUAACUCCCACAUUUUCGAACCGAUUCUUCUAAAAAUUGGUAUGUAGGUGCACAUAGACGACUUCUCUGACAUAUAUUCCGGUUUUUUCGAUACACCCAAAAUUUUGGAUUUUAUAACUAUUUUCCCAAAAAAGUCAGUUAAAAAAAAAUCGGCCAAAAUCCAAAAUUUUCAAAAAAACGAGAUAGCCAUUUCAUAGACAAAGUAGAAAGACGUAUAACCUUUUUGUUACGUCUUGAUUCCUUAAAAAUAAGGAUGUUAGCGGCGUUUGAAAUUUUGCCGUUUUUGAGGCGAAAAUGGCGAACAUGACGUCACUAAAACGUCCAUUUCUCAAAAAAUGUUCCGACGGAUUUCGCUCAAAUUUUUAGGAAACGUGUCAAAUUUAUGUAAGAAAAAGUACUGAAAGUUUGGCGGCGCUGCGCGCCGCCGUUUUUGAGAUAUUGCCAAAAUUCGAGGGGGGGGGGGGGGUAAAAUUUACCCCCCAGCCCCGCGCGGGUUAAGCGAAGUAUUUGCGAUAAACCUAAGAUGAACCCAGAUGAUAAGGGUAAAACUACUGUAUGAAUCAUUCCCGCUACUGUGGCGAUGUAGGUAAAAGAGUGUUUACUGUGUGUAAACACAUUAUUGCUCUUUUUAGCAGAGUGAAGUCCGUAUAGACCAUAGGGGCACCUGGCGGAUAUGUAUCAUUGCACACGUUAGCUGCAUGAAGACAUUUCCACUCGGUUUUCCUGUUUUCUACAUAUGACCUUGUGAUGAAGUGGCUGACCAUACCGAUGAUCCGCCGCGAUGUUUGUUGUGGCCUUUUGGUUUGACACGUAUUUUCUGUAUUUUCAGAGUUUCCCGCUCUGGUCCAUCCAGUAUAGCGUGUUUGAGGCUGGCCGAUGACACCGUGACUGGACCCGCGGUGACCUGACCUGACCUGUGGAGAGAAGCGAUGACCUCCAACGGUGACCUGAGGUCGGGAACCCCAAACGGCGCCCCUGAAGUCACCGACGGAGCAAACAAACACACUGGGACGAAGGAGGAACAAGUCUGGCCCGAAGCGGGUGACGUUCAAGCUCGAGUCUGAUUCUGCGCCGAGAGAUGUCGCUAGUGACGGGGAGGCGGACACGGCCGACGGCAUGCCAUCCUGGUGGCCGAAGGCACCCUCCCCGGCCUCAACAGUGGAAAACUCGCCCUUAGCGACAUCGCGACCGCCGCCGACCGUGGUCGUCUCGCCUCCGACCGUGACCUUGACGACAUCAGCUGACCCUGGUCUCUCGCCGCUGGCGCUGAGAGGAGGUGCUCCUGUGGCGGGCGGGAUGUUCUACCCUAACGGUGGCACGUCUCCGCGGGUGUCGUCACCCCCGCCCGAGGGCAACGGGCAUCGGGGGAUCGUGUCACCUCCUGCACCAAUCAGCGUGCAGAGCCGGCCGGCUCCACCAAUGGGAAGUCACGACCCGCGCAGGGUAAACUCGCCUCCACCAUUAGCAGCGCAGACUCGCCAGCCCACACCAGUAAGAGUCAUCCACCGAGGUCCAGCUCCGCCCACCACGUCCUACGUCAGCAAUUUACCCACCAAUCAAAAGCAGUCAGCACAAGAUGCCUCGAUGCCGGACUGGUGGCCCAAACAGCAUGUCAGUGACAGCCGACCGGCUGUCAGUGACACCCGACCGGCUACCUCUCGUCAGGUGGACCUCCCGCCGGAGGAAACUCCAGCUCCAAAUCCUGCAGGAAGAGGUGCGGUUCCGCAGCUGAACAGGCACCAGCCGGAACCUGAGUACUACGACAACACCUCGCCAGAGUGGCAGGCGAGGAACGCGACGUCCUCCCAGUCCCUCUCCAGCCACAGUCCUGCCCCUGCCUCGUCCACGACGUCUGGCGCUGUCCAGAUCCCCAGCUCGGCGCCAAAGCUCCCCAUCUCGGCGCCAAAGCUCCCACUCCCUCUGCCCGCGAGACCGGGGGAUCGUGAUCCAAUGACGUCACCUCCGCAGGUGCCGAGCCGGCCCGGGGACCGUCCAGCUGCUCUGGACAGGUCUCUCGCAGACACCGAACAGCACGUCGCCAGGGUGGUAGCCCAGGCGAACCAGGGCUUCCUCCAGUCGGCAAGAGAUGUCGCUAGUAUCGAGCCGACCCUGUCGGUACCGCCACCUGACCUGGACUUUACCCACCCCAGUGAGGAGGACUUCUGGAAUAUGUCGCCUCGGCAUGCUCAAAUGACGUCAUCCGGCGGUGAUGACGUCACGAGGCGACUGGUGACGUCAGAGGCCACCCAGACAGAGGGAGACCCUCUGCUGGAUUCAGACGACACCUGGAGUCGACUGCUGGAGGCUGUGGCGUCUGGAACUCAUGACGAACCGGCAGAUGGGUCUCCCGGACUGCGCAGUCGGUACACGGACACCCUGCGCAGUCAGUACAGGGACACCCUGCGCAGUCAGUACAGGGACACCCUGCGCAGUCAGUACGGGGACACACUGCGCAGUCGGUACAGGGACACCCUGCGCCGGCGUCCUGACACAGACGCUGCUGCCCAGCGGCCAAUUCUUCCACAGGGAGAGUGUCAGCCUCAUGAGAGGCUGGCCAGGCAGCAACAGGAGCUGGAGUCUCUGGAGCAGCAGCGACGACAGCAGGCGGGAGAGGAGCAGCAACAGCGGCGGGAGCACCAAGUAAUUGAACAAGACAGACACGUAGAUUGUUCACAACGCCAGGAACAGGUAUUUGUGGGGAAGCGAUAUAAUGAGAGGCGACUGUACGAGGAACAGCAAGUAGUUGAACAACGAGAUCACGAAAGGAGAAGAUAUGACGAGCAGGAAUGGUUACAGAAGCAGGAGGAGGAAAGGCAUUGGCAUGAACAAGAACGGAGAAGGCAGCAAGAAGAUGAGCAAAGACAGAAGCAAGAACAUCAACGACUGCUGCAAAAGCAAGAAGAUGAAAGACGAAGACAACAGCAAGAACGAGAAGAAGAGGAACGUAGACUUCAAUAUCAACAAUACCUCCAAAGGGAAGAGGAAGAAAGGCGAAAAAGGGAACAUGAAGCGUAUCUCAAACGACAAGAAGAGGAAAUUAGACGGAAACAGGAGGAAGAUGAACUUAGAAUGAGAAGGGAAAGGGAGGAAAAAGAGCAGAUAAUGAGGAAGCAGAAAGAGGAAGAAGAACAAAGGCUGCUGAGGCAGAAAGAAGAGGAAGAGAAAGAGAGAUUGGAGCAACUCCGUCGUCAACGUGAACAAGAAGAAGAGCAACGUCAGCAGGAGCUUCAGGAGCAACGUCAGCAGGAGCUUCAGGAGCAGCUGCAACGCGAGCUUCGCAACCAGCACCAACAGCAGUGGCGUCGAACGCAGCAGGACCAGCAGGUGCGGCGCGAGCGGGAGCUGCGUCAGCAGCAGCAGCAGCUCCAGCAGGAGCGUCAGCAGGCGCGGCAGCAGCAGCAGCAGCUAGCCGCUGACUGGAGGCGCCCCGCGGAGAACACGUCGCCGCCUGUGGCCGGUCUGCGCCGGAACGUGUCUCUGCGGGAGUCGAGCCGCGCGGGCGAUCUGGCGCGGCGGGCGGGUCGAGUCUGGGACGAGGAGGCCGACUGGCUCCGCCGGGAGAUCGAGGAAACCGACAGACCCGACUUCUCGCCCGUGACACAACAGAGAGGCGACAGCUACGAGCGCACCAGGGUGUACAGCGAAAUGAAGACGGCAGCAGCCACUAGCAGGGGCGGAGCGCACGUACGACAUAACUCUACCCAUAAUCAAACGUUUGCGCAGAUAGAUAUGUCGGUGAAGCGACCAGAGAGCUCCAUCUCUGGAAGAUCCGAGCCACCACUGUACCGAACCUCUCCAGCUCCGCAUUCUAACGAAACUAGCAGAGCCUUCGACUCCCGCCAGGGACACGGUCAGAGGCGGGCCUCGUUCCAGCAGAGCUUCAUGUCUCCGCCGCCAGGGGGCUACCUUCCUCCGUCGUCGCCCUCCAAAUCGGACCCGGGCUGGUGCCGCGGGGAGGAUAACGACUCGGGCCGCAGUUCACCGAACCCUCUAGACGACGAACUCGAGAUCUGCCUGAAAUCCGUCGAGGAAGCCAUGGCUUCCCUGCAGAACUCGGUCCAGAAGAGUACCGCGCGACCGGAAACAAGUAGCGCCACGCCGCGGCCGGAGCUGAACCGGAGUUUCGAGGUGUCGCCGGCAGGUGGCGGCUCGAGCGGUGACUGGCGCCGUCGCAGCUGUGAUGGCGCGGAGCUGGAGACGUUCGGCAGUAGCAGGAGCUGGGACAGAGCGGAGGAGCGGGACAGAGCGGAGGGCGCUAAGGGAGCCCAGGAACUGCGGCCCUGUGGAGUGCUGCGACCGCUGCAGCACCACGCCCGCCAUCUAUGGACGGCGGCGGAAAACACUAGUUCUAACUGGACCCGCUUGGUGAUCGGCGACUGGCUUCUGGGUGCCCCCGAUGACCGACAUCCCCAGGAGGUCCUCUCCCGGCAGAUUGCUCUCUGGGAGGGCCAGCCGGAGACCCCGGGUCCCGACUGGCGCCAGAGGGGUCUCCGAGAGCCCCCGGAGAGGCCCCAGAGCGGGGCGCAGCAGAGGGCCCUCGGAGGGACGCAGCAGAGGGCCCACGGAGGGUCUCAGGAGAGGGCCCUCGGCGGGCCUCAGGAGAGGGCCCUCGGAUGGCCGCAGGAUAGGGCCCUCGGAGGGUCGCACUACCGGGGAGAUAGAGAUCCAGAAUCUGAGGAGCAUUCUCAAGUGGACAGCCAGAUUAGCCGCAUCGGCCGGGAAAGUCGACAGAAGCACCGGCAUAUCACAGACAGGAUGUUGCCGUCUCCGCCGUCGACUUACUCCGGCAGCUCCGGCCAGCGGAGCGACUCCUGGAGGUCCUCCCCACAGACUCCGUCACCAUGGCAACCGUCCGCCGGCAGCCCCCCUCAGUCGCCGCCGGAGGGGGGUUGGCGGGCUCGACAGUCCCCCUCAGGGUCCCCUGAUUGGAACGCCAGACACCAGCCCCGACAGACGUCCGAACAGCCAGCGUUUCCAUGGCAACACAACGCCCCGCAGGAGCCGCCCUGGGCGGGUCAUAAUCGACGAGCGAACACUUUAGCAGAUCACCGCUACGGCUCUGGCUUUGGACGACGGCCAACGCUGACUUCUUAUCAAAGCCAGAGCGCCACACUGCCUGCGGCCCAGCCGCGACCCGCAGCCCCCUGGGACUUCUCGGAGAGGCAGAACGUGCAUUCGCCUGGCUCGGUGAGAAGUUCGCCGGGCGGCCCGCAGGUGGCAGCACCGUCUGGCCACUGGGCGGCGCCACUGUCGCCCAGCGGUUCAGUGUCCAGCGUGGACUGGAAUCAGCUGUUUGAUACCAGCAGUGAGCAGUCGAGCUGUAUGGAGGACGAGCCCAGCUCCGUCUCCAGUGACUGGGGCCGCCCGCUCUCCCGAGAGGAGGUCGUGCGGUGGUACCAGCAGACGCAGCUGCCGCGAGGGGUCGGCGUGGACGCGCUCACCGGCCGGGCGGCCGCCUGGUUCCACG